AUUGGUUUUUACAAUUGCUUCGGCUACAUACUAACUAGAAAAUUCACACACACACGCAUACAAACGCAAACUAGUUAAAAUGUCAAACUGUGUGUGUACAUAACUUAAGCAAUCGAAGGGCAGUCGCCGUCGACGUCGCUGCUGCAGCGGAGGAGCAGUGCCAACAUUGUUGUCUCAUCAAAUUGCAGGGACACCGCCUACCAAUUGAUGAGGAGGAACAGCAACAACCAUAACAGCAAUAAUAACAAUAGGCAAGAAGAAGUGCAGCAACGGCUCAAUGUGCUGAAGUGCCUUGAGUGAAAAAAGUACUAUGCAACAAUGUGACCCGACGACAUAGAUGAGAAGGCGACAAAAGCAGUAACAGUAGCAGAAGCAACUGCACCAACAACGAACGCAUCGAAUUUCUGUGGAGCGGAGGCCGCAAAACAAUUGUGGAAUUGCUGAAGAAGAAGACAACAACAACAACAACAACACGAACAUAAACAAACAACACACGCUGAGAGCGAGCAGACUGAGCAACGAGUGCGUGAGAAAGAAGGAAGGAAGCAAAGCUGAGAGUACAAAUUACAGCGAGUACAACUAGAACGAGUGAAAAACUGCCAGCAAGCGAAAACAACUAACCAACGAGUAACUAGAACGCAUAGCGAGUAGCGAGUAUCUAUGGAACGCAACACUUGAACGAGAGCAAGAGUGUGCCAAAGGAGUUGGCGAGUGCAAGAAGCGAGAAGCAAGAAGCGAAGAGGAAAAGGAGCACAAAGCAAGCGAGUAGCAGCAUUUGAAGCGAGUAUCGAGUAAAAUUCGCUUCUAACGAGUGUAACGCAAAAAGACGAGAGAGCUUUAACUCGAACGAGUGCUGUAGGAGAACGAACGGCGAGUUCAAGUGCUCAGCUGGCGUUUUGGCCAUGCCCAGCACGGCGGGCAGCGCAGCCAGCGUUGGCGUCGGAGCCCUGAUUAACAGCGCCGGCAGUAGCGCCAGCAUGGGCAUCGGCAGCGUUGGCGGCGGCAGCGCCUCGGCAGCAUCGGCCGCGGGCGUUGCGAGCAGCAGCGCUGUGGCAGCCGCCUCGGCGGGCACACUGAUCGCUCAGAGUACGGCGGGAACGAGCGCGGCGAGCGGCACAAUAACGUGGGACAACAAUGGAACGCUGCGAUCGAUCAAUCCGGGCGAUUGGUCAAUUGAACAAUGCCUCAUCUGGCAGUCGCCGCAUCAUCUUUACUUUCAACUCGGCUGGGCGUUCCUCUUCUUGGCCUUCCUCGCCCCCCACGGUCCGUUCGGUUCACUGUGGAUGCGGGCCACCAUGUUGAUCGGUUGCAUCAUGAUGGGCAUGUAUGGCUAUCUGAUCGAAUGCACUCCGGAUGUCGUCUUCUGGUCCGGCCUGGGCAUUGGCAUCAAUUUCGUCUAUCUCAUUGUGGUGCUUUGUCGUCUGCGACCCGUGCGUUUCGAUCAGGAAAUUGAGGCGGUGUAUGUGGCGCUGUUUCAACCGCUGCGCGUGACGCGACAUCAGUUCCGGAAGGUGCUCAACUGCAUGAAGGUGAUCAGGGCACUAAAGUACCAGGAGGUCUACGCACAGGAGAAGGUCACCAAGGUGGACAGCCUGUCGCUGGUGCUGAGCGGCAAAUUGGUCGUGUCGCAGCAUCAGCGCGCACUGCACAUUGUGUUUCCCCAUCAGUUCCUAGACUCGCCAGAAUGGUUUGGCGUCUCAACCGACGACUAUUUCCAGGUGUCCAUCAUGGCCAUGGAGGAGUCGCGUGUGUUGAUCUGGCAUCGCGAUAAGCUCAAGUUAUCGAUAAUGGCGGAACCGUUUCUGCAGACCGUCUUCGAUCACAUACUCGGCCGCGAUGUGGUCAAAAAGCUAAUGCAGGUGACACAGGUGAGCGAAUCGAUAGCUAGCAAUGGUUUCCUGCCCUCGGGCGGCUAUGCGGAGGAUGCCGAGGACAAGCCGAUGCUCAUCUUGAAGAAGAGCGUCGAAGUGGGCCACGGCCUGACGGCGCUGAUCAAUCGCCAGCUGCAGGAAGAGCAUGUUCCUUUACUUGGUCGCACGUACAAACACGUACCACCACCACAACCACCACACACGAUCACAAAGCCGCAUCAGUUGCCAUCUCCAGCGGCCGACACCAAUAUCGAUCACUACGUGAAUUCUGCUGCUGCCUCCGCCGCCGCCGCUGCUGCUGCUGCCGCUGCUUACAACAACGGCACUCAAUGAAGCAAUCAAACACACACUGACAAACACUUACACACACACACACACACACACACACACAGUUGCAGCACAAGAUGAAGUUAAGCUGAAGGCCAGAAGCAGAAAGAAAAAAAAACAUUUGUUGUAUAUAUGCAACAUCUGCUUAAACAAUCGUCAAUCAAUCAAUCAAUCAAGAGCUACAACAAUCAACAUACAACAUCUGAUCGCGUCAUCAACUUCAUCAUGAAUAACAACAACUUCUCCCAUUAUCGUCUAGAACUCACUCGCACCUCUCUCUCUCUCGCUCUCCCUUUGAAUGCUCAUCUAACUCAACACUAACCUUAAGCAAUAACUAACUGUAACACACACACUCACACUCACACACUCUCUUUUAAUCUAUACUGAUAAUCGACAAGUUGUUGCCAGGUACAAACACUUAUGAUCUUUUACUCGGGCGCGCCAAAAAAUUUCCAUUUACACCAGCGACGGAAAUGUACACAAAAAUUGGCACAAAGCAAACAAAAGUGGAAAAUCAAAGACGGGGAAAAAUAAAUAAAUAAAUAAUGAAAUAAGUACUCACACAGUUUUGCUGUUGUAGAUCAGUUGAGAUCACUUCACUUGAGAUUUGUUGCUUGCAUUGAAAUUCAACUGCAAUUCGAGUCGAAUAAAAAUGAGAUCAGUUUUGUGAGAAGUUGUUGCAUUGGGGCUUUAAGUUUUCAACUCUAGAAUAAAUAUGUGGGCAAUUGAAGAUCACUUAAAGAGAUCAGUUGAGCUUUAGCCGCAUAAAAUCUACAGUUAUAAACGAUAAAAUUCAUAAAGUGCAGCAUGAGAAGGUGAACUUCAGCUUUGUUAAAUAACCAAAUGCUAAUCAACAAUUUUGUAGAUUUGAAAGCGAUCAAGCUAAAUUGAAAUUGAAAUUCGGACUUAAUCAGCUGAACAGCUGCUGCUCGGAUGCAUUUGAAAGUGACUCAAAGCAUUCGCUGCAGACUCAAUAAUCUAGUGAUCAAGAACAAAACGUCGACUUGCGAUCAGUUGAAGAUCAUUUUUUAGAUUUCAGUUCAAAGAUUUCGCUUCAAGAGUUAACAUUAUUUUAGUGCAUCGAUCG